AUGCAUCUCAACCGAAACCCUACCCUUUGCGCAGUCUAUGUUGCAAUUGAGAAGAUGGAGUUAGUUUCAAACGCGGAUAUAAUCAGUGACUUGCCAGAUUCCAUACUUUGUCACAUUCUCUCCUUUCUUCCGACUAAACUAGCUGCAACCACAAGCGUCCUCUCAAAGAGAUGGAAAUCGGUGUGGAUCUCAGUCCUUGCCAUCAAUUUUGAGGACGAAACCUUCAAAGAUAGCAACAGCUUUCGCAAAUUUGUUUUCUCUGCUUUGUUCUCAUUGCGAGACCAAAAGGCAUCAAUCCAUUCUUUUACCCUCAAAUUUGGUCAAUCUUUUCGUUGUUUCAAGCAAUAUGAGUUCAAUCAAAUUUUGAAAUAUGCUAUGGAAAGAGGAGUCGAGAAUCUUAACUUCGACAUGUCUGGUAAAAAUCGUCUUAUCACAUUACCUCCUCGCAUUCUCAGUUUUAAGACUCUUCAAGUUCUUAAAUUGUCACACAUACGGAUGCGAGAUUAUGAUCAUGUAGAUCUUCCUCAUCUCAAAACUCUUUAUUUGGAUAGAAUUUAUAUCAUAUCUCUUGAUUAUUUAGUGAAGUUUCUGUUUGGUUGUCCUAUUCUUGAGGAUUUGCAUAAAAAAAAGAUUUUAUACCCGUCACUUGUUCCCGUGGAAAAUUUGAAUGCUUUACCUAAUUUGGUGAAAGUAAGUAUUUGCCAUGAUAUGGAUACUUUGAUGACUUUGGUUUGUAAGGCAAAGAUUAUGCAUGUAGAAAAGAUGUCAAUCUCUCGGACAAGGCUUACCGUGUUUCACAAUUUGACCCACAUGGAACUUAGUGUUCAUGAUAAGUUUUGCAAUAAGAGAUGUACGAGGUUGCUAGGAAUACUCCCACAUUUUCCCAAACUUGAACAUUAUAUCAUUCAGGAUUGUGGGAAUGCAGAGAAUAGUUGUUACAAUUGUUGGAAGCAUCCCAUCACUGUUCCAGAAUGCAUUUCAUCACGUCUCAAAACAUGCUGUAUUAGAGGUUAUAGAGGCACAAGACAUCAGUUCAAAUUUGCAAAAUAUAUUAUGCAGAAUGCUAAUGUACUAGAGACCAUGGCAAUUAAGUCUAUGUGCCGUGUAAACUUCCAAAAGUUACUGGAAUUAUCUUCAAUUACAAGGGGAUCUACAUCAUUUAAACUAUUUGAUUGA